CUUUUUUUGGACUUUGGGUUUGAAUAAUUGUGGGUUUGGAUAAUUGUGGUUUUUUUUGGGUUUUGGAUUUGUCUUAAACUUUAAUGCAUCUUUCCCUUCAACUUUUCAUUUCUUCAAUUGAGUCCCUCGUCUUAAUUUCCUUCAUCUCCUGUUUCCAAUCCUUUUCGCAAAAUCUUCUCUUUUUGCAUGCUGAAUGAGAUGCAAGCUGCGUGUAGGGCUGAAUGAUAUGCAAAGCCGCAUGUUGGGCUGAAUGAGAUGCAAGCCGUGUGUUGGGCUGAAUGAAAUGCAAAGUUGCAUGUUGGGCUAAAUGAUAUGCAAUGCCACAUGUUGGGCAUGAAGGAAAUGCUAGUCACAUGUUAGGAUGAAUGAGAUGCAAGCUGCGUGUUGGGCUAAAUGAUAUGCAAUGCCACAUGUUAGGCAUGAAUGAAAUGCUAGCCGCACGUUGGGCUAAAUGAGAUGCAAGCCACGCGUUGGGCUAAAUGAUAUGCAAAGCCAUGUGUUGUGCGGAAUGAAAUGCUAGCCACAUGUUGGGCUAAAUCAAAUGUUAGUUGCGUGUUGGGCUGAAUGAAAUGCAAUGUUAGGCUGAAUGAUAUGCAAGUCGCAUGUUGGGCUGAUGAAAUGCAAGCUGCGUGUUGGGUUAAAUGAUAUGCAAGUUGCAUGUUGAGCUAAAUGAUAUGCAAAGCCGUGUGUUGGGUUGAAUGAUAUACAAGUCAUGUGUUGGGUUGCAUGAUAUGCAAAGCCGCGUGUUGGGCUAAUGAAAUAUAAGCCAUGUGUUGGGCUGAUGAAAUGUAAGCCGCGUGUUGGGCUAAUGAAAUGCAAGCCGCGUGUUGGGCUAAUUGAUAUUGAAAGCUACGUGUUAGGCUGAUUGAUAUUGAAAGCUGCGUGUUGGGUUGAUUGAUAUGCAAAGCCGCAUGCUUGGCCGAUGAAAUGGAACGGCGCAUGUUGGGCUGAAUGAGAUGUAAAGCCGCGUGUUGGGUUGAAUGAAAUGCAAGCUGCAUGUUAGGCUGAAUGAAAUGAAAAGUCGCAUGUUGGGCUAACAAAAUGUAAAGCCAUGUGUUGGACUGAAUGAAAUGUUAGCUGUGUGUUAGGCUGAAUGAGAGCAGAUCUUUUGGAAAAAGAAUUUACCUUGAGUUUGUAAUUGCCCCUCAGUUUGAAGUUUGUAUUGCAUGUUCGCAUCUAUGAUUGACUCAAUCAUAUCACAAACAAAAGAAGUAUAAAUCUCUCCUAUGUGUAGUCUAGAAAUGUAGAUCAUUGAUCAAUUGGUUCAAUUAUCCAAAUUGCUAUAAGCUUACACCAAUUGGAUUUCAAACUAGACUUUCUGAAUACAUCACAUGUCAACUG